GGGUGAGGGGCGAGGAACAUUUGAAUCCCGGGGAGGGCAUUUGUGGGCCAUGAGGAAUCAUUAUUUCAAGUCUUACCGUGAUGGCAGAUGUGCAGAAUUUAUACAGUGCAGAUAGUAAAAAGAAGAAUAGUGAGCAUAUCAGAAGCCUUAAGUUUGCUGCCAGAGUUUGCCUUGCUGUUGAUACAAUAAACCCAAUUUCUUCUGUAACCUCUCAUUCCUUAGAGAUAAAAGAAUUAGAUCAUGAGGACCAAAUUACAAAAAUUGAAGAAUCUGACGAGGAAAAUUCUUCAUCACCGGUUCUUGGGAGUCGUUCCAAAAAUAAUGUAAGAGGAGCAUCUAACAGAUUCAGACAUCUGAAGCAUUCCACAGCUCUCAUAGCUCCUGCAGCUUCUGUUAUAAAUCAGGCCCUGGAAAUCUCCCAAAAUGUUGCUAAAGUCUUGCAAACCUCGCCAAUCUUAAGGUCUGAUAGAAUAAGUAGAUUCUCUAAAUCUGUCACUCUGACUUCCCCACCAUGGAAGAAACUCCAAGUGGACAAAAGCAGAGUGAGUAAACAUACUGUUUCUUCUUGCAGUAAUCGGGCAGAUAGUCCAACUUUGUUUAUAAAUCAAGAUGACUCUUUUCUGGAUAAUAUUGAUUUUGACAAAAUAGACACUAUUUGCUCAGUGGAAUCUACUCCAAAGAGAAAAGUAGCAACAUUAGGAACCAAGAGACCUCUAAUAUUAAAUUUAACUAAUAGUUCUCGUGACUAUAAUCUCCGCAAGACACCACAGAGGAAUGCCUUGCUGAAAACUUUGACUGUAACUGAAAGAAAAGAAAAUGAAAGAAUUUAUAAAAAUCGUCAAGUAAGUACGGUAGAAUGUAAUUCUGUCAUGCAUUAUAAUAAUUUUUAUCCAAGUAAACACACUUAUGUUAAUAGUUGCAAAAGACUUUAUGAAACACAGUCCAGUAAAGGUAGUGUUAUGCCAGAAAGUAGUUUUAGUAGCAAUGGUGUUGGUCAAAAUGCAAGGGUAUCCAGUAGUAGUUUGCUGAACAGUUCUGGAGAAAAAAGCCUAUGCAUGAGCCCACAGCAUCCUGGUAGAUCUUCCCCAGACAUAUUUGAUGAUGAUGCUUUUGAUUUAUCUAAUGGCAGACUUUCUGAAUCUUUUGAUGCUGAGCUGUGCCAAAUUGAAGAUGGAUUUUUCAAGAAGUGUUCUAACACCUUUUCAAAAAAUGAGAAUAGUUUUAUUAUUGAACAUAUAAGGGGACCCCCACAUACUACACACCACGAGGUGGAGUCUAAAUCGCAAGAUUCUGAAUUAAGCUUCUCCAGUACUUUGGAAUCUCAGCCUUUAAUUGGUAGAUUCCAAAGCAGAUUGAAAGCCUCGACUUCAUCGCAUCCAUCAGCUCCCUUGAAGUCUGACUGUGAGCGUCGAGCAGAGGCUGUAGCUACAGCACUUGAGGAUGCUGCCAGAAUAGACAAAUUAGGUGAAGACUUCCAGCUUGGACCAUUUUUUGGCUUGCCAUCCAAGGUAGCUGAGGUUCUCAAAUUGCACCAUGGCAUAUCAGAGCUCUAUGAAUGGCAAGAAGAGUGCAUCAAGGAAGGCUAUGGGUCAAGAAACCUCCUAGUUUCAUUACCAACAAGUGGUGGCAAGACUUUGGUUGCUGAAAUACUCAUGCUACGUCAGCUCCUACUUAAACAGUGUGAUGCAAUUUUUAUACUACCCUAUGUAUCCUUAGUGCAGGAAAAGGUUCGAGAUUUGUCACCAUUCGGAGUUGAAUUGGGGUUCCUUGUGGAGGAAUAUGCUGGAAGUCGAGGCACUUUUCCUCCUAAGCCCAGACGAAAAAAGCGAGUUAUUUAUGUGGCAACCAUAGAGAAGGCAUCUGGACUAGUGAAUGCCCUGCUAGAGACUGGUCGUAUAGAAGAAUUGGGCAUAGUGGUUGUGGAUGAAGUUCACAUGUUGGGUGAUACUGGAGGCCGAGGGGCUACACUGGAGGGAACUCUCACAAAAAUGCGCUAUGCUGCACCCAAAGUGCAACUAGUGGCUAUGAGUGCAACAGUUGGUAACUUGCAGGAAUUAGCCCAAUAUUUGGAUGCCAAACUCUAUACAAAAAACUUCAGACCCGUAGAACUAACAGAGUACAUUAAGAUUGGUCAGGAAAUUUGGGAAGUUAAUAUUGCUUCGAAGGCAGAUGAAGAUUUACUGAGGAAUCAACGUCUCUGCUCUUUUCCGUACAGCAAUGAGCAGAAGCGAAUUGAUGCUGACAUGAUUGCUGGCUUAGUUGGAGAGGUGAUACCUGAUUACUCCUGCCUAGUCUUCUGCCCUACACGACGUAACUGUGAAACCCUGGCUGAAUUACUUUGCAAGGUACUGCCAGGAGACCUGACUCGAGUAAAGUUUAAGAGGAAAGUAUCUUUGUAUCAAGCUCUGCUGGAAGAAGGUGGCGGAUCAGUAUGCUCAGUAUUGCGUAAAACAUUGCCUUAUGGAAUUGCUUAUCAUCACUCUGGGUUAACAGAAGGUGAAAGACGGCUUCUGGAGGAAGGUUACCUGACGGGAACAUUGUGUUGCUUGUGCUGCACUUCAACCCUUGCUGCUGGUGUUAACUUACCUGCUCGAAGAGUAAUAAUUCGUUCACCAUAUACAGGAAGAGAAUUUUUGACUAGAGCGAAGUACAAGCAAAUGGUAGGAAGAGCUGGACGUGCUGGACUUGAUACAUCUGGGGAGAGCUUUUUGGUAUUACAACCCCAGGACCUAAUUAAGGCCAAAUCCUUAUUCCUGACCUCAGUGGAGGUGUGUUGUUCUACCUUGACUGAUAACGAAGAUAAAGGAUUAACAUCACUCUUAUUCUCAUCCAUGGGUCUUGGUGUUGCUGUGUCUAUCUCAGAGUUGAAACGUCUGACUUCUUUUUCAUUACUGGCAUUGCAGAAACCAACUAACAAAAUAGAUUUAGAUACUAAGAUACUGGAGAUUGUGGAGUGUCUUCGAAAGAAAGGCUUAGUUUGCAUCAAACGUGAGGGAGAUUCUCAACACUCAACACCUUCCUCUGCAAGUACAAAUGAGAGUGCAGGAUGUCAUCAGCCUUGUGAAGAAUUUAGUAAAAGAAUUUCUAUUACACCAGCAUCAAAGUCAAUGGACAACACACCAGAGCUCAGUAGUCCAUUUACUGAUGAUGAUAUAUUUGUGGUCAGUAGAUUUGGCCGAGCGGCUAUCAAAGGUAGUAUUGAUCUGAGCUUGGCAAGCCAUUUAUACAAGGACUUGUGUUUGGCCCGGGAGAAUUUGGCUGUCAACAGUCAUCUGCAUCUCUUAUAUCUUGUCAUAUCUUAUGAUAUUGUCAACUCUGUCAGUAUCAUACCUGAUGUUUACUACAAGGCAUAUAUGGCACUGGGAGAGGAAGAGCUAAAAGUAGCCAAGCUGCUGGGCAUUACUGAAGGUGUAAUUGUCAAGCUUUCCACAGGCCAAAAGAGCAAGGUUAAGAGAAGGCCCAUGAAGGGUUUCUACAUCUCCCUAUACCUAUUCCCUAUUUGGUCGGGAAAUGGGAAUUGGCAAGCAAGUGACCGAUUUCGUGUGCAUCGAGGAUUCACACGAAGCUGACAUCAUCGCUCCCUUUUUGCUUCAUGUUUGUUAUUCUUUUGUCGUGAACUUGAAGAGUUAUGGGCUUUUCGAGACCUCUUGGGUAACUUUGCUCGUCAGAUCUCUGGCUGCUGCUCAGCAGAAUUACUUCCAUUAAUGGACUUGCCAGCUGUGAAAAAGGGUCGGGCUCGAAUGCUUUAUAAUGCAGGUUUUCACACACUGAAAGAUAUUGCCAACUCUGAACCUAGUAAUCUCGUCGAAAUUGUAAAACAUUUGCCAUACCGCGCAGCUUUGCAGAUUAUAAAUUCUGCCAAGAUGUUACUGAUUGAACGAGCAGACACACUACAAGGAGAGGCAGAGGAGGUGCUUUUGGGGCUACGUCAGAAUAACCAGCAUUCUUUGUCAGACCCCAAACAUACACUAGUACCACUAUCCAAGGCCAAUCUUAUUUCCAAACCAUCUCAAUCCACUUCCCCAAAUAUACUAGAAGCAUCUAAUUUACCAGUGACAGGUUCGGUACCUGUCAUUAGUCAGCAUAACAAAAUUUAAUUGUAAACCAACACAUGUCUGAAUUUCUUUGUAUCCUGAAUUUAUUUUAUUAGGAUUUUAUUUAUCUUAUCCUACAUAAUAGAUAGUUAUGUUGGAACCAAGGUUCCUGCAGAAAGAUUAAAGUGAUGAACACACACAUGCACACCUAUUUUUUUUUUUUUCCCAAAUUAUUCUAUACCAAUGGCUGCUUUCUGUAUUUUCCUUGUUCAUUUUUGUUUGCGUCUGUAAGCGAGUGCCAAGAGCUUACAUCUGUUAAAGCCAGCAUACAUGUUGUACAUAUUUUAUACACAUUAAACAUACAGGAAGAAUCUUCAUAAGGACAUAUUUUUGCCAUCUAUGAAGAAUUGUUCACACUGGGUAUAAGGUAUGAGAUAUAUAACUGCAUAUGUCAUGAGAGUGAUGGCAGGCACUUCAUAAUGUAUUAACGAUGAAUAUAUAUUUUUUAUUUGGAGGGCAUUUUAAUAAUUUUUCCCUUUGGUGUUCUGUGAUAUUUAGCAUAAUUUUCUUAAAUGUGCCUUUUGAAGUAAAAGAAUUCUUUGAAUAAUUUCCCUUUGCUUCAACCCGACAUUGUUUAUUGUGCUAUUUCAUUAUCAUGAUCCUGUACUGUAUAUUACCUGCCAUAAGUCAGCUCUGCUUAUCAUACUUGAGAAGGUCAAGGGAGAAUAAUUUCAUUCAAUCAGAAUUUUGGAUAGUCACAGGCAUAAGAUUGUGUAUUCUCUGUCAGGAUUUUUACUCCAUCAACAGUUAGUACACUUCUUAUGGUGACUGACAGUAAUGUUUACAUACAAACUAUCAUUUUGGGAGUUAAAGGCUAUUAUCUCAUCUUUGUGAGAGGGACUCCAUUGAUGUCAUAUUUCAUUGCUGGUAAUUGAAAUUUACAUAAUAAGCACUUCACUGCAAUUUAUGUACUUGGACAUAUGUUCAUCACACUGCAAUUUAUGUACUUGGAUAUGUGCUCAUCAGCAACAAUGAAGUUUUAGGAAUUGCUAGUUGUGAAAAUUUAGUUGGUCAACUAAAAGUAUUAGUUGUUUCCUGGUUGAAUAGUGAGGUAAGCAAUAUUUAUAUAUCUGCUUUCCUCCAUGUGUUUAAUGAGGGCUAAAAUGAGGGAAAAUUGGACAGUGUCGAUACAGUACCAAUUGUACAUGCAUUGCAUACUAGGUUGGUGGUUAACCCUUAAUUCUUUGAACUGGGGCAUGUUCGGAAAAUACGUGUGUGGGGAUGAGGGGGGAGGGGGGCAAAUUUUUUUUUUUUUUUUUUUCCUUACAGAUUGAAAGAGAAUAUUUUUAUGAAUUUAAUAAGGCACAAAUGUAUGGCAUUUAUUGUGUUGUGGUUGGUGAAAAGAUGUCACCAUUGGUAACAGUGGCAUAAAUACCACAUUAAUAUUUGCAUUUUCAAAUUUAUUGAUACCAAAUGAAUGAACGAAUAAGCCCUCUUCCUAUCAGUUACAUACCUUGUUGCUGUAUGACUCUUGUGGGCUUAGUGCUUAGUUAGGAUUAUAAUAUAAUCCACACCUUGUUGCCUGGUAGUGAAGCUGGUGGUGGAAAAAUGGAUCUUGGUUUCAUUGUUUACUUAUUCUAGUGUUCACCCAUGAUACACUACAUAGACCUGUCUGGGCUUGGAUUUUUUCAAAGGCAUAAAGAGGUAUUAGACCCAAACCAUGAUACUUAACUU